AUGGUCAAACACACGAAUACCUUCCUCAGCCUGGUGGCUCUCGCAGCCUUAGUCGAGGGAUACUGGCGCAUGUCGUGCAGUAUCAUACAGACUGGCCGAGUUGAUCCCAUCAUUGCCCCUGGAACCUUCUCAGCACAUGUCCACAAGGUCUCUGGGGCCAGCAACAUCAACAUUGACUCCACUUUUGACAGUCUUCAGGCCUCAAGGUGUACUUCCUGCGAGGUCCAGGAUGAUAAAUCAGCUUACUGGACACCCCAACUCUUCUAUCAGCACGCGAAUGGGAGCUUCCAGAUGGUCCCUAACGGCGGGACUGUGAUAUACUACCUCGGGCGUGGAGAGAACAAGACAAACAUCGAACCAUUCCCUCCCGGAUUCAAGAUGCUAUCAGGAGACAACUUUGCUCGGUCUUAUGAUUCCAAGACAAAAACAUACAGUAACUCGAGGUUCUCAGGCCGCCCAGUGGCCGAUCGAGUGAGUUUUGCAUGUUUGGAUAGCUCAGGGCCUUCAAAGGAGCGUAGCUAUAUGUGGAAGACAGACUGUGAUAACGGCAUGAGAGCACAAAUUCAUUUCCAAUCAUGUUGGAAUGGACAGAAUUACCAGUCUGACCAAAGUCACGUCGCCUACAUGUCCUCAAUAGAUAAUGGUAUCUGCCCCCCGAGCCAUCCACGCCAGCUCCCUCAUCUGUUCUUCGAGGUCAUCUAUGGAGUCAAUAACAUCGACAAAAGCAAAGGUGGCCGAUUUGUCUUUGCGAAUGGAGACACUACUGGCUAUGCGUUUCAUGGUGACUUCCUAAACGGCUGGAAUCCGACUGUUCUUGCGACUGCUAUCAAGAAAUGCAUCAACAAUGAUAGCAUCGGAGGAGCAAUCUCCAAAUGUCCCAUCCUAGCCGCUUCACAAACACCAUACUUUAGUGACAAUUGCCCAGAGAUGGCGCCCCUGAUCGAUGAACCCAUUCGAGGCAUGAUUGAUGCCCUUCCUGGGUGCAAUAAACCUUUUGGUGGCCCUGGCAGAGCGUCCCCAGUAGUAUGUGACGCCAAGCCAGCCAUCAACAGCCUUGGAGAUGCUGGCAUCAGAUCUAUCUUCGAUCCUGCUAUAGGGGAUAAGGUCGGCUCUUGGUCUUUCGUCGGCUGUGCUCCCGAAGGCAGUGGAGGCAGAACCUUGAACAAGUAUGCUACGGCAUCAAAUAGUAUGUCUAUCGAGUAUUGCACGUCGACCUGCAAAGCAAAGGGCUACCCACUCGCUGGAAUGGAGAAUGGCCGGGAGUGUUAUUGUGCGGGAUCGCUCACAUCGGGGGCCUCAUACACCAAGGCUUCAUAUUGUGGAGGACCAGACUUUCUCACAGUAUGGAAUGACACCUCAUACACACCACCUGCAGAGCUCGUUGUGGGCCAGGCUCAAAUCUCAAAAGGCAUAGCUACAUAUUAUGGAUGCUACGCCGAGGGCAAUACUGGUAGAGCACUCUCAUCUGACAGCACGGCGGACGUGACUGGCAUGACAAACGAGAAGUGUGUUGCAUUCUGUCAGGCAGGCGGCUAUAAAUAUGCUGGCACAGAAUACUCCCAGGAAUGCUAUUGUGGCAACGAUAUUGUCAAUGGAGGCUCCAACAUUACCGAUAUAUCUCAGUGUUCGAUGCAGUGUAAAGGGAACAUAUUCAGCUACUGUGGUGCAGGCAAUCGUCUGAGCGUGUGGAAGAUCAAGCAGCCCGAUCAACCAACAGGACCAAUUACGGCACUUGAUGGUUCUGCCGUAUGGAAAGGCUGCUACACCGAUGGAGGGUCAGGCGGCCGGACACUCCCUAGUGCCAGCUUUACAGGCUCUGCCGUCUCUCUCGAUACCUGCUUUUCCUUCUGCAGCAAACUCAACUACCCCCUAUUUGGAAUGGAAUAUGGACGGGAAUGUUACUGCGGAUACUCGCCCAAGACACAGGCCACUGUUGCACCAGAUGGCGACUGCAGAAUGCCAUGUGCGGGAAAUUCCUCCCAGAAGUGUGGUGCUGGCAAUCGCAUAUCCAUCUGGAACAACACACUCUAUACUCCCACUGUCAACCUCGAGGCUCUCAACACUCCACCAAAAUACCUCGGGUGUUAUACGGAAGGGAAAGGCGCUCGCGCAUUAGGAGGUGCCAAGACAACAAACAAGAAGAUGACUCUCGAUGUCUGUUCAAAGUUUUGUUCUAGCAAAGGAUAUCCUUACUUGGGACUCGAGAACGGAGAGGACUGUUACUGCAGUAAGAAGGAGCCCUCUAAUGGUAGCGUUGAAGCCCCAGCAUCGCAGUGUAAUGUUGUCUGCAAGGGGAACAAGUCCCAGAAGUGCGGUGCAAAUCGCGACGGUGUUGGCUUUGGCAACUGGCCCACGGUUGACCAACCGAAGGAAGCAUCAACUAUGAUAUCCCGACAACUUCCAGCGUUGCUUCACCCCGAUUUUGACGACAUUGCCAUCUGCUGA